GGACAAGAUAAGAAACAAACACAGAGGUUCAUUUUAUUAGUAGCAGAAGACAAGGGAGGCAGGCAUGGGUGUAGAGGUCCUGGGACUAUGGUUACCUAAUCCAGCAGUCCGGUUCAACAGGCCGCCAUUUCUUCACUUAUCACCUCCAACCAGAGCAUCACUUGUUACACCAGCUUCUCUCUCUUCUCCACCCCCCACCAUCCAGAUUGUUGGUGGAAAAAGUACUCCAAGUUGGCAAGGAAGUGGAAAUGAUGUUUAUGGAGGAGGAGGAGAAGAGACCGACUGGUACGAUUUUGAAACUGAUCUUUAUCAUUGGACCAAACCACUGCGUCCUGUUCAGUGGUAUCCAGGUCAUAUUGCGAAAACGGAAAAAGAACUUAAAGAGCAACUCAAGUUGAUGGAUGUUGUCAUUGAAGUUCGAGAUGCCAGAAUUCCCUUGUCUACUACCCAUCCACAGAUGGACGUGUGGCUUGGAAAUAGGAAAAGGAUUUUGGUCUUGAAUAGAGAAGAUAUGAUAUCUAAGGCAGACCGGAAUGCCUGGGCUACUUAUUUUGCAAGACAGGGAAUAAAAGUAGUCUUUUCCAAUGGCCAACUUGGAAUGGGUACUAUGAAGCUGAGCAGGUUUGCAAAGUCAUUAGCAGCAAGUGUAAAUGUCAAACGCAGAGAAAAAGGACUGCUUCCUCGUCCCGUUCGAGCUGGAAUAGUCGGGUACCCAAAUGUUGGGAAGUCAUCCUUGAUCAACCGUUUACUGAAGCGUCGAAUGUGUCCAGCAGCUCCCAGACCUGGAGUUACAAGAGAGUUAAGAUGGGUUCGAUUCGGGAAUGACCUUGAGCUGCUAGACUCUCCUGGAAUAAUCCCAAUGCGGAUCAGUGAUCAAUCAGCUGCUAUUAAGCUUGCUAUUUGUGAUGAUAUUGGAGAGAGAUCCUAUGAUGUCACUGAUGUUGCUGCAAUUCUUGUCCAAAUUCUGACAAAGCUCCCAACAGUGGGUGCAAAAGCUCUUAAUAACCGCUACAAGAUGGAUGCUGAUGACUUCUGUGGUAAAAUAUUUGUCCAGAAGCUUUCAGUUCACUUGUUCAAUGGGGACACCCAUCAAGCAGCUUUUCGCAUCUUGUCUGAUUUUCGAAAAGGGAAGUUUGGUUGGGCGGCUCUGGAGAGGCCUCCCAGGUGAUGAUGAUGGUAGCUUUGUUUUGAAUGUCGGGUAAUACUUCAGUCUGUGGCUAAUGCCUCGAGAGUGCCAAAAGGUAGCUUGAGCAGCACUCGGAUAUUGUGGAAAUUGAUCUUGACUUUGAGUGAAGGGAUAACUAAAGAUUUACUGUAAAUCUCUUCUGCGGAAAUCAAAUAGCACAACUCAGAAUAUUUGGCAGAGAUAAAAAUAAUAACUGGAGUUGUAUAGAAAAGGAAAAUCUCCAGCCUUGUGUUGUGUAAUCUACUUGGUUAUAUCUAAUUCUUGACAAUUGUUGUCUGCAGACAACGUACUAUUUAAACCUUUUGCAGCAUUAGGUUAUGAAUCAAAAUUAAAAUAUAGCAAGUGCUUGUAAAUUGCACCCUGAUUAAAAGGCUUGCCAAGCAGCUAAACUUGGCAAUAGCAUGUAGUAGUAAUUUCUAGUUUUUGGGAUUUCAAUCUAAAAGAGCCAUUUUAUUGUACAUGACACAUGGCAGUUAAUACAAACGCAUCUUUCUGUUUGUUGUA